AUGGCGAGGCAGUGCCCGUGCGGCCACGGCCAUUGCAAAUCCAGGGAGGACGCCGACGUUAUGUUGACGGUCACCGCAGACAGCACAGCAUCACAGGAACGACGGUACAAGUGCUACCAAGGCAGCACCCACGCCAGAAUCGACGAAUUUUCGCCUCAAUUUCCGCUGCGUUCGUCCCCAGUUCGUCCAGUUCGUGCACGACCGGCACUGCCGGCCCCGUUUCACCGGCACUGCCGGCCGAUUCCUUGCGGCACUGCCGCUGCUGCAUCUUCCACCUUGCGCCCACCACAUCGUCCGCCGCAGCUCGCCUCCACGCCGCCCACGCACCACCAGCAGCCGCAAGCAGCUCGGCCAUCACCACGCAAGCCCAGGCGCCCGCUACCUCUCGACCUGCCCCGCUCGACCGCCUCCCACCGCUUGGCCUUCUUCUGCCCCACGCGCGCGCAUCGCAAGCAUCAGCCGCCCAAGCAGCAGGCAGCGCGCACUCCGGCACCAAAUCGCCCUGCAGCAGAGCCCCGCCGCGCGCCCAUCUCGAGCAGCCUUGACCAGGCCCCGCUCCGCCAGCUCUACUAG